GCUGGGCCUGCUGGAGCCUGAAGCUGUCCCCAUAGCAACCCCAGCCGCUUGCCUGAACUAACAAAAUGGCUGAUGUGGCUUCCGGCUUGGAGGGGCUGGAUCUGGGGGCCCUGAGCCCAGAGCAGCAGGCACAGCUCAUGGAGUUCAAGAUUAACACUCGCAUUGCCAAUGAAAAGUACCUGAGGUCUCACAAAGAAGUUGAGCUGCUGCUAUCAGGAUUUCUGAGAGAAGUUAUGCUGAGAAGACCAGAGAAUAUCCCUGAGUUUGCAGCAGAACAUUUUACGGAUCCAGAGCUUCCAAUGAAGACACAGAAAAUACUAGCAGAAAAAGCAAACCAGUUGAAUUGAGAGAGACCCGUCCCAUUCUUUCCUUGCUGAAGCAGGAUAGAAAUUUAGGAGAUUUUUUUUUUGCGGGGGGGGGAUGAUUCUUAGAUUUAUCCUCCAGAUUCUCUGGAAUGUGUUUAUUUUUAUUUUGAAGGCUUUGCAAUAUGGCUAAUAAUUCUCAGUUGUGUAGUGUCCUCUGGAGGCAAAGAGAGAGAUUGCACCCAUGUGUUGCUGGUGAUGUUUCACGCUUUACAGCUGUAUGUUCUGGUAGCAUCAUUAAAAUAGAUCUGCUGGUCAA